AUGUCUAAAACUGAAUGUUAUUUCGAUGAGGAAGAGUAUGUUUGUCCACUUUGUAUGGAGGAAAUGGAUAUAUCGGACAGAAAUUUCAGACCAUGUCCUUGUGGAUAUCAAAUCUGUAGAUUUUGUUGGCAUCACAUUAAAGAGAUAUUAAAUGGGUUAUGUCCAGCAUGUCGUAGAGUAUAUUCUGAACAAACAAUUGAAUUUACACCUAUAUCGCCUGAAGAAAUAAAAAACGAAAAGAAGCAAAAAGAACGCGAGAAGAAAGAACUUGAGGCAAUGAACAGAAAACAUCUAGCCAAUAUGAGAGUUGUUCAAAAGAAUUUAGUUUAUGUUAUUGGUAUAAGUCCGAAGAUUGCUAACGAAGAGAUAUUACGAUCGCAUGAUUAUUUUGGACAAUAUGGUAAAAUUGCUAAAAUUGUGGUGAAUCGUCGAAACCCCCCACCUUCCAAUGUUCCCGGUGCUCCUCCACCUCAACCAAGUGUUGGUGUAUACAUCACUUAUGUAAAGAAAGAAGAUGCUGCAAAGGCUAUAGCUGCUGUUGAUGGAAGUGUAUCUGAUGGUAAAAUACUUAGGGCAAAUUAUGGCACGACAAAGUAUUGUACAUAUUAUCUACGAAACAUGGUAUGUCAGAAUCCGAAUUGUAUGUAUCUGCAUGAACCUGGCGAAGAAGCUGAUAGUUACACAAAAGAGGAUUUAGCUUCGGCUAGAUAUAGUCUCAGAGAACAUUCAGCAGCGACAGAAUCACACAAGCCAAAUCAAUUAGGAAAGCCGCCUUCAUCUGGUCCAACUCCUACACCAACACCAUCAACAAUCAUUUUUCCAACUCAUAAAAAACCUGAUUCAGCACCCUCAUCGACUUCAACAAUACAUCCAUCCUCUCAUUCAAAUUCACAACCUUCACACAUAUCUACACAUCCACCUACACAUCCACAAUUAACGCAUUCCGCUUUACAUCGUUUAGAAAAUGAUAAAAGCACUACUAAUGAGGAUAAAGAUGAUGCACCUGCAUUACCUCCAACUGCUUCUUGGGCUGCUAAACCAUCAAGUCAAGAAACAACUCCAGUUCUUAAUAGCCAACAUUUAAAUCAAUCUUCAAAUCAAUCUAUAUCACAUUUAAUACAAACAGCAAAUUCAUCAUCUGUAGAUUCUGCUAAUGAAGAUAAAGAACAAUCAAAAAAUGAAACCAAAGCAACCGUCAGAGACUCUUCUCAAUCAAUCGAAAAUUCCAUAAAACAACAAAAGAUUAAACAAAAACCAGAUUUAGUUGCUCAAUUAGACAAGACAUUAUCUGCCCUUAGUGGUGGUUCAUUUUCAUUUAACGCGCCAUUAUUAGAAUCCGAUCCUCUAAUAGAUGAUAAGCUUAGUGAUAGUAUUUCUUCAAUUGUCACAGAUAGUAACGGUAUAAUUAAUGGAACACAUAUUGUUGCACCUCCACCUGGAGUCGGUUUCCCCAGAACAGAUAUCGUUUCGCCAACUUUUACUCCUACGUCCGAUCUCCAUCAACAGCCACAAAUUCAUUAUACCGGCUCAUUCAAUCCGUUUGCAGCCGAUGAUGAUAAAUUCGAUGUGUUCAUUCCUGAAAGUAGUUCAUCAUCAUCACCAUUGACUGCUCUUGGCUUACCAUCAAUUGGUGGUACUGGUGGCGGUAGUGUAUCAUCAACAAAUUCCUACUCAACUGAUCCAAGACUUAUUUCACAUCAAAUUAAUAGUAAUAAUGUUUCUUCGAGGCCUAGACAUACGUCGCGUUUUGGUUUUGCACAAGAGGACAAUGACGGUUCUAAUUUGGAUCCUUUAUCAAUGAAAGAUUUACAAGAGGAUUUAAGAGCCAUUUUUCCUAAUGCUAAAGUAAGUUAUGGACCUAGUGAGAUUCAUCAGGAAUCCAUGUGGAGUUUGGCAAAUGAAUCUGGUGCUUUCGGAGGAUUGCCAAUCAGGCGUAGCUUAAUUCCAACAGCAUCAACAUCAUCUGUAGCUUCGAUAAACAAUACAUUAAAUCAAACUCAAAAUCUUCAUGGUGACAAUACAAAUAACGUAGCUCCAAGUAUUAAAGCACCACCUCCAGGUAUUUAUACACCAACACCUCGUAUGGAUUAUGGUGUUGGAGCAACAGGUGGUGGAUGGAACCCACAUAAUACUACACCAUGGAAUUUUGAAGAAGAUUAUAAUAUACGACCAAUUUCACUUCAAAAUCCAAACUUUUUACAAGGAGCUGCCACUACUGCAACAGUCAGACCUGCUAGAGAUGAUACACAAGAUUUUUUUGGAGCAUUUUUAAAAGCUGCAGUUGGAAACACAAACACACAUGAAGAUAUUCAUAAUGAGGAUCCUGCAAUUAUGACAGUUCGUUUUUCACAACCUGGCGAAAAUCCAUAUAGAGCACCAGGAGCACCAGGAGCACCACCUAUGAUUCCCCAACAACAAUAUCAGCCAAUGCAAAAUGUUGGAGCUCAUCGAUUAAGUGUGUUUGAACGAGUGGCAAGAACAGGAGAAGAUCAGAUUGGUAAUGGUUACGGUGUAGGAAUUGGAUUGGGUAAUGUGGAUGCAGGUGGGUUUUCUUCAAUGCUAAGUGGUCGAGAUAAAAAUUUAAGAAACACUGCUUCAAUAAAUAAUAACAACAAGGAAACAAAGAAAAAUGUUAAUAUUGAAGGUGUGGUAGUAAAUGCUAAAAAUAAUAUUGAUGAUUACAAGUCUAGUGAAAGCAAUUCCACUAAUAAAACUACCACAACAAAAGUUGCUAGCACAGCAACAAUUGAUCCUACACCGCCUAUACUUUCUAAAAAAUCAAAAAAGAAAACCAAGAAUACAGCAUCAACAAAAUCAGCAGCAACAUCGUCGUCAUCUACUACUUAUGAUGAAUCUAGAAAAAACUUUAAUAAUAGACCAAAUAUUAUGACAUUUGUUAAUGAAAUAAAUAAAAUAAAAACUGUUAAUGAUAUACACAGAUUAAAAGCUUUUAAUUUUAACACAGAUUUUAAAUUUGACUUUUCUUCUUCGGGAUUGUUUUAUGGGACAAAAUCUGAAAAAGUUGAUGAAUUCUUUAUCACUGAUGACAACAAAAAAAAUUUGAAUUUACCGCUUCAACAACAAAUGAUUUGUUACCUAAAGAAUUUAAUUUCAACUGAAACAAUAGAUCUCUAUAGUGAUACUAACAAUAGUGGUAAUAGUAUUGGCACUAUUGAAGAUCUUGAGAGGCAAUUAGCAAAUGCUAAACGAGAAGCACUGAUGCUUGAGAAUCGUUUGAGAGCCGUAAUAAAAAAGAAUAGUCAUCUUCAGGAAAUUGGAAGAAAAUGA